CAAAAAUGCAUAACAAGACUGGCUCUCUAGCGGUCAGAUCCGACCCAUCAGCCCGACCCAUAUCUCGUUACCACUCAGCGAGCUACAUUGGUCGGGUCAAAGAAAGCCUCACAACAAGAGUCUCCAAAUUCAUAUGUGCUAUUUUCUUAACGCUUUUGCUAUGUUUAGGCAUUGUCUUUUUCAUCUUAUGGAUCAACCUGCGUCCUCACCGACCCCGUGUCCACAUCCGUGACUUCUCUCUCCCCGGUUUGGGCAAAAGCGACGGUUUCGAGACCUCUCAUAUAAGCUUCGAGAUAACGGCUCAUAACCCAAACCACAAAGUUAGUGUUUACUACGACACCAUGGAAGGAUCCGUUUACUACAGAGAGAAACGGGUCGGGUCCACUAAACUCACUCACCCAUUGUACCAGGACCCAAAGAAUACGAGUUUGAUCGAAGGAGUCUUACGUGGACCCACAAUGGUGGUGAAUGAGGACCGAUGGAAGCAGAUGGGACGAGACAGGAAUCAAGGGAAGGUGGUGUUCCGUUUGGAGGUAGUGUCCGUUAUACGCUUUAAGGUGUACACUUGGCACAGUAAGAGGCAUAGGAUGCACGCAAACUGUUACGUUGAGGUCGGCUGGGAUGGCAUGUUGUUGAGUGGGACCAAAGACAAGAGAUGUCCUGUUUAUUUUACUUGACCCAAUGUGCCACAAUAAUGAUUUGACCAUUUUCUUUUCUUUUUCUAUUGUUACGAUUCCAGUUUCAUUAGUUCAACUAUCGGCUGUAUUCUAACAUUUUUUAUAAAUGAUUCCAAC